UUCGAUUCGAUUUGAUAUUCUUUUCCCUUCUCUUAACCGUUUUUUGAUUCUAGUAUAUAGAGUGAAUUGAGAAAGAAGGAAGAAGAAAAAAGAAAAAAGAGCGCCAUUAAUAGAAAAGUCGUUUAAAAACGUAACGAAACGAAUCCACCGUAACAAACUAAACAAGUUCUGCGGACUUAACACAGACACGUUCCCAUUUCUCUCUCACACAUGCACACUCCUCAAACCCACCUAACAAGAUGCGAAUUCCGAUCAAUCACCGAUUCAUCAAAAACCUCACACUCAACAAAUCACGCCAUGUCUCCACAUGCAGAGCCGUUCUCCUCCCCUCUUUCGGUGGACCCCACAAACUCGAGCUCCACCACAACGUCGAAGUCCCUCCUCUCAAACCCCACGAAGUCCUCGUCCGCUCACGCGCCGUUUCCAUCAAUCCUUUAGACACCCGAAUGCGUGCUGGUUAUGGGCGCUCACUUUUUGGGCGGUGUCUGCCGAUAAUUUUGGGCCGUGACGUCAGUGGCGAGGUGGCGGCGGUUGGUGCUGCCGUGAAUUCGGUGAGUGUUGGCCAACAGGUUUUUGGGGCUUUGCAUCCAACUGCUAUUAGAGGGACUUAUACUGAUUAUGCAAUUCUUUCUCAAGAUGAGGUUACUUCAAAACCAGAUUCACUUUCUCAUGUGGAAGCAAGUGCAAUUCCUUUUGCUGCAAUGACAGCUUGGCGUGCUCUAAAAUGUACUGCUAGUAUAAGUGAGGGGGAAAGGAUAUUAGUAGUGGGAGGUGGGGGAGCCGUAGGGUUUUCUGCUAUUCAACUUGCAGUAGCAGAGGGUUGCCCUGUCACAACUACUUGUGGAACUCAAAGCGUUGAACGAAUGUUAGCAGCCGGCGCUGAGCAAGCUGUUGAUUAUAUUACUGAGGAUGUUGAAUUGGUUAUAAAGGGGAAGUUCGAUGCUGUUUUGGACACAAUUGGUUUACCAGAGACAGAACGCGUGGGCAUUAGGUUUCUGAAAAAAGGUGGACAUUACAUGACACUUCAGGGUGAAGCAGCAUCAUUGGCUGAUAGGUUUGGGCUGACUCUCGGGCUUCCCGCAGCUACAGCUUUUUUAUUGAAAAAACAGAUUCAAUACCGAUUAGCUUACGGAAUAGAAUACUCAUGGAUAUUCAUGAGGUCUGACAUAGAAGGUUUAAUUGAGAUUCGAAAGCUAUGCGAAGCCGGGAAGUUGAAGAUACCCGUGGAGAAAACCUUUCCGAUAACAAAGGUAAAAGAAGCUCAUGAGGCAAAAGACGAGAGAAUCAUUCAAGGUAAAGUGGUGCUGGAACUUGAUUGAAGAAGGCCUCAAAUUCAUAAGAGAGAUGCUUAAUAAUCUUGAGUGGAUUGUUCCACAAUUAGUUGAGAAAUAGACACGUUUUUUUAAGGGUUUUUCAUAUAUGAUAUAAAAUGGAACUAUUUUUUGUUGUAAAUUUUGAUUCAUAAUAUACCCAAUCACAAAAUAUCUGUAAAUUUGUUGAGAAUUUAGUGUGACGCAUGAGCUAUAUGCAACUGUUCUGUUUGUAGUCAUGUCCAUUUAUGAAAGGUGCUGGUAUGAUUUUAUGCCUACAUAAUAAA